ACAACAAUCAAUCACCAACAAAACACCCUCUUUUACCGUACCCUGUUUUCAAAUGAGGUCACAUAGUACUUAAGGUUAUACAAAUCAAUUAAAUUAAAAUCAUUAUAAAUAUAAAUUACCUUCAACUUUUCUUCUUCUUCUUCUCUCAUUUUUUUACAUUCCAUUCCUAAAAUCUCACCAUGUCCAACAGGGUUUGCAAGUUUUAUGCGCGAGGCGUAUGUUUGAAAGGCGACCAAUGUGAUUUUUCUCAUCAGAGAAAGGAUACUGCAUCUGAUAUUUGCUCUUAUUAUCAGAAAGGGUCUUGUGCUUAUGGUAGUCGGUGCAGAUAUAAGCACGUCCGAGCUUCUCAAGCAUCAUCUUCAGCAUCUAUGGUUUCAGAUUCUGCUGUGCCUGUGGCUCGUAGUGCUAAAGUUGCAUCAAAUUGGGUUCCGAAGGUUACAAAGGUACCUUCACCUGACAAGCGUGGCGUAAAGGGUUUACAACGCAAGCAUCAGGACUCUACCGAUGUUGGUGAAUCCAGUACUGGUAGUGCUAGACCACAUGAAAAUUUGUUUUGUAAAUUUGCUGCUGCCAACUGCCCCGGUGGAUGUUCUCGUAUUCACGGAAAUCAAUGCUUGUACUGUAGAAAAUAUUGCCUGCAUCCUACUGAUAAAAAGGAAAAAGAAAAUCAUUUGAGGACUUGUGACAAAAAGGAAAAGUACCUUCUGGCUUUGAAAAACAGUGAAGAGAUAGAAUGCAAUGUUUGUCUUGAGCGUGUCCUUUCGAAACCCAAGCCAUCAGAAUGUAAGUUUGGGUUGCUUCCAGAAUGUGAUCACGCUUUCUGUUUGUCAUGUAUCCGCAAUUGGCGUAGUAGUGCCCCAACCUCUGCAAUGGAAAUCGGUAGCAACACCAAUACAGUGAGAACCUGCCCUGUUUGCCGCAAACUAUCAUAUUUUGUCAUUCCAAGUGGUAUUUGGUUUACUACAAAGGAAGAAAAACAGGAGAUUAUUGAUAACUACAAGGCAAACUGCAGAUUGAUUGAUUGCAAACAUUUUGAUUCUGGAAAUGGAAAUUGUCCAUUUGGGGCUAGCUGUUUCUACAAGCAUACAGUGAAGCCUGGCUCAUACACAUGGAGACACCGCAGACCACCACCUCAACGCAGACAAAACCAUUUCGAUAUGCAUGACAUGUUGGAUGUGCUCGGUGAGGUUGAUCUAUCAAGCGGAGAAUUUUAUUCCAUCAUGAGGGACUCAGAUUUUUUUGAGGGAAUGGAUCCAUUUGAGAUGAUGGCAUUAUCAGAUUCGCUGGCUGGCGGUUCAGGUCCUUGUUUGGGUCCUUUCGAUUCCGACGAUGAUGAUGAUGAUGGGUUUCGUGUUUCUCGGAUGGCUGCUAUGCAAGAGGCCAUGGCUAUUGGGAUGGAUGCUUUUGGCCCUGAUGAUGAUGAGGAAGAGUUUAAUGUUUUUCGAAUGGCUGCUAUGCAAGAGGCCAUGGUUUCUGGGAUAGAUGAUUUUGGCCCUGAUGAUUUUCCUGGAAUUGAUCCUAUGGAUGCAGCUUUGAUAUCAAUGAUGAUGCAUUCUCAUAUGGACGACGAAGAAGAUGAUGAAGAUUACGAGGAUGAAGAAGAAUAUACUGAUGAUGAAUAUUAGAUUUACUUGGUUCAUAUGAUGCCCUAGAUUUAAACAGUUUUUGAAGAAGUUUCCUUUAACUAAGUUGUGUCACCUCUCUUUUCUUAUGAAAAUCAUUUGGCAGGAAGUUUAAGAUUAUCAUUCUAGUUUGUGAUGUCUAUAGAUCAUAUGCCAUUUUGAAGGUCAUGUUGCCAUUUUAAGGAGUUUUGGCUUAAGGGUUUUGUUUUGGAUUUUGUGGCUCAUGUAGUUAUUUUGCAACAGUGAAUCCCAUAAUACCCUAUGAAAAAGAUUGGUUGGUUUUGAUCCUAGUUAAAGUUUAGUAGCAUCUUUACUUCUCAUAAUUGAAUUCAAAACUUUGUUGAUGAA